ACAGAAUUUAAAUAUUUGUUGCCAUUUGUGUACAAUUGAAAUCUUCACAGGGAAACUCUUAGUGUUAUAAAUUGACAGUGAAAUCGGUAAGGGUUGUCCUGAAUGUUGAACCAUUUGAUUUUUGCCCUGUUCAUGGGUUGCCUGAUCUGCAUAAUCAGAGCCGCACCUACACUGCCACCGUCCACGGUUCGUGUCCACUUAAAGCCUUCUUCAAGCUCAAUACACUCGCCACGGACAACCACAUCCAAGGGACUUGCCAUUUUCAAAGUUAAUUCCACAACUCAUGACUGGUGGCGUUUUAGAUCGAAAACAGUUGAUUCCAACAGCAAAGCAAAGGUCCAAGGAAUCGGAAAUGAAAAGAGGCUGGUGCUGCUGGAUCUUCGUCCGACCACAAAUUCUCAAAACUUCAGUACCCCAUCAGGACGCAAAUCAGAUAUUAAUAUCGAAAGGGAAAACGAAGACAAAGGGCUGAGUAAAAAGCGUUCCCACGUACGGGUCGUGGUUCCUUUAAGCUCAACCCGUCUGAGCGUUGGCGCUAAGGAUCCAAAAACACGGAAAAUCGGAGUAACUCCGAAUACUUCCAUGUUUCCAGCAACCAGAAAUCAAGGACUGUUGCUGCUGGAUCCGCGUCCGGCCACAAAUGCUCAAAACCUCAGUGCGUCAUCAAUACAAAAAUCUCAUAUUAAAGGCGAGGGCAGAGCGAAGACUAAAAAUCGUUCCCAAAUAAGACGCACGACGUCCUUGACGUCAAUCCAUCCGAGCGUUGGGGUCGAUGAUCCGAAGACACGGGAAAUCGGAGUGACAUCGAACGCUUCCACGUUUCCAGUAACCAGAAAUCUAGGACUGAUGCUGCUGGAUCCUCGUCCGAUCACAAAGGCUCAAAACCUCAGUGCGUCAUCAAUACAAAAAUCUCAUAUUAAAGGCGAGGGCAGAACGCAGACUAAAAAUCGUUCCCAAAUAAGACGCACGACGUCCUUGACGUCAAUCCAUCCGAGCGUUGGGGUCGAUGAUCCGAAGACACGGGAAAUCGGAGUGACAUCGAACGCUUCCACGUUUCCAGUAACCAGAAAUCUAGGACUGAUGCUGCUGGAUCCUCGUCCGAUCACAUAUUUUCAAAACCUCAGUAGCCCCCCAUCCGGAUUCAAAAGCCAGGUACAAAAAACCACCCGUGAAAUUCCCAUGGAGCUUACAAUACCGAUGAAAUAUCUGGCCAGGCCACAGAGCGUGUUGAUGAUGGACCGGGUACUGGAAGAUGAUCAAAUGAUACAUACCGAAGCACCUGUGUGGAAGGACACGCGGUACCAUUUCCAGCACCAAAGCCGACAACCUAAAAUACGCCUAGAGUCGAGUCCAAUAAUGGAGUUCUAUCCCGAUGAUGGGAAGAUAAACACCGUGUGCUGGGACAAAUCAACCAUUAGGCGAGCGGAUAUGGUUAUGAACUAUAUUAAGCCUCAUAUCUAUAAAAAGCCGUACGGCAAGAGGCACCUUUACCCUGCAUUUCGAAAGGCAAAUGGCACAUCGGGUAUGCCAUUGUUAUUCUGCCACAGUUCUAAUUCGGUUCCUGUUCAAAUGUUUUUGAAAUGUAUGAUAAUGCGCAACAUGAUGAUGGAGUCGUUGGUACCCAAAUAUCCCUACCACCAGGUCCAACCAGGUCCAUAAUAGUGCUGCUUUGGAAAACUGGAUCUAAAGCUGAAACUAAACACUAUGGAGGAUCCUGCUGCUAUUUAUUGAUCUGAUGAUCUUUUGAUCUGCAUUCAUUUUGUUUUAUCAUAGUAUACAUUGUUCUUUCAUUCCCCAAAUGGAAUUGUGGAAUAGUCUCAUUUCCAAUAUAAAAUUCAUAGUGUUACAUGUGCAUAUUCUAGUUAUUUAUUUCUUAAAUUUGCUGUGAAUAAAACUAUUAGGAUACUCAAAAAUGUACAAGAUAAGCGUGAUGGUUUUCCUCUGCCUCUGUUGCUUUAUUACCACGAUUCCCUUGAAUCGCCGUCAUCUAGUCGGACCGCAAGGCACUUACCCAAUGAAUACAUCGCACAUGGUAAUCGCUGGUAACCGCAGCAGACUGGUAGUCGACUAUGAUCUUGGGUUGAGCGACCAGGCAAAAGAUUCGAUAAGUGCUGGUCGGGGUAUCCGACUCUUCCAAAUUCCCUCAUUUGAAAAUGCUCAAACCAAGAGGGAGAAUACGGGAGCAAUAAACACAACGGGGGACAUCACUCUUUCGCAUAGAUCUACUAAGAACUAUGACGAGAAACGAAAGCCUAGAGCAAGGGAUGGAGAAGAAGAGGGAGGAGGAGUAGGAGGAGGAGAGGGAGAGGUAGUAGUUAACGAAGCUCAAGAAAAGACAAGAGCAAGAGACGGCGACGGCGACGGAGAAGGUGGAGAUGUAGUCCAAUCUAAAGAAAAGCCAGUUGACGAUGAACUUGCGAUGGAUCAGGAAGACGACGAGGAGGGAUCAGACAAGGAUGAAGAAGAAGUGGUGGAAAAUAAAUUGAGUACAGUAAGCAGUGCCAGAAAGGAGCUGAAGGUUACAGAAUUAGCCCCAGACCCAGAAUUAUUACCAGAACCAGAACCAGAAGCAGAAGACGAAGAGGAUCGAGAUGAUGACGAUGUGGAGGAGAUUGAAGAACUGGCGAAAAAAUCAGAUGCUGCUGAGCAAAAUAUGGGCUUCAAGGACCUACUCGGACCGAAGACACCAAGAGGCCGUGGCUUUCUUAACAAACAAGGGGAAAGCGGAUAUAGAGAAGCCAUAUCCUAUGCCGGCGGUUGGAAGGACACGCGCAGGGAGGAGUGGAGAAGUGCGCUCGCUCGUGCCGGCGUUAUGUCCAAUCCCCUCGAGGACUACUAUCCAUCAAACACGAAAAAUCUCAGCACGGUGUGCAAAGAUAGAUCGUCGAUAAUGAAUUUUCCAAGAGUCAUUAAGUGGCUGCACAAGGUUCUCACAAACAUCACAUACACCCAGCGGCCAAUCUUCGUCGAGCUUAGGCGGGAGCUGUUCAAAUUCGGCAAAUCGGAGUUGUGCCACAAAACUACAAUGGAUAAAUGGAAGGAUUAUCAAUACUGCGCCCUCAUGCGCAAUCAGCGGAUGGAGUACAUGAUUCCACAUUAUCCGCUGCACCAAAUCGGCUAUCGUCUGUUGUUCAAGGCAAAGAAAGGCGCCUGAUUCGCCAGUUACUAUCUUCUUUGUAGUCUGUGAAAAUCAAAUAAAAUGAAUGCAGAAUA